GGAAUGAUGUACCUGGAAGAGAGGAGGCUUGUCCACCGGGAUUUGGCAGCCCGUAAUGUCUUGGUGAAAUCACCAAACCAUGUGAAGAUCACUGACUUCGGCUUGGCUAGACUUUUGGAAGGGGAUGAGAAGGAGUAUAAUGCUGAUGGAGGGAAGAUGCCAAUUAAGUGGAUGGCUCUGGAGUGCAUACACUACAGGAAAUUUACCCAUCAGAGUGAUGUGUGGAGUUAUGGAGUCACUAUCUGGGAGCUUAUGACCUUUGGUGGAAAGCCGUACGAUGGAAUCCCAACUCGAGAGAUCCCUGACCUCCUGGAGAAGGGAGAGAGGUUGCCCCAACCUCCAGUCUGCACUAUUGAUGUUUAUAUGGUGAUGGUGAAGUGCUGGAUGAUUGAUGCUGACAGUCGGCCCAAAUUCAAGGAGUUGGCUGCUGAAUUCUCUAGAAUGGCUCGAGACCCUCAGAGAUACCUAGUAAUUCAGGGAGAUGAUCGUAUGAAGCUCCCAAGCCCAAAUGACAGCAAGUUCUUCCAAAACCUUCUCGAUGAGGAAGACCUGGAAGAUAUGAUGGAUGCUGAAGAGUAUCUUGUUCCUCAGGCCUUCAACAUCCCUCCUCCCAUCUACACCUCCAGGACAAGAAUUGAUUCCAACAGGAACCAGUUUCUGUAUAGAGAUGGUGGCUAUGCUGCAGAAGUGCCGAUGCCAUACAGAGCUCCUGGCUGCAGAAUACCAGAAGCCCCAGUUGCUCAAGGGGCCACAGGAGAGAUCUUUGAAGAUACUUGCUGUAAUGGCACGCUACGAAAACAAGUGGCAACCCUGCCAAAAGAGGACAGCAGCACCCAGAGGUACAGCGCUGAUCCCACAGUCUUCAUACCUGAGCGGGUUGUCCGGGGAGAGCUGGAUGAGGAUGGGUACAUGACGCCAAUGCGAGACAAACCUAAAACAGAUUACCUAAACCCGGUGGAAGAGAACCCAUUUGUUUCCCGACGAAAGAAUGGAGAUGUCCAAGCUGUGGACAACCCAGAGUAUCAUAAUGCUCCGAACGGGCAGCCCAAAGCAGAGGAUGAGUAUGUCAACAAGCCAUUGUACCUCAACACUUUUGCAAACACCUUGGAAAAUGCCGAGUACCUGAAGAGCAAUUUGCCAGAGAAAGCCAAGAAGGCCUUUGACAACCCAGACUACUGGAAUCACAGCCUGCCCCCACGAAGCACCCUCCAGCACCCGGACUAUAUGCAAGAGUACAGCACAAAAUACUUUUACAAACAGAAUGGACGGAUCCGGCCCAUUGUGGCAGAGAAUCCUGAAUACCUCUCCGAGUUCUCCCUGAAGCCCAGCACUGUGCUGCCCCCACCGCCCUACAGACACCGAAAUACAGUGGUGUAGUGACCACCGUCUUCAGAAGUGGAAAGGCAACCCCUUCUAGCUGUCUCACUUCUCCUCUCUUGCUCUCCUUUUCUCUCUCUUCCCUCUCUCCCUUUCUUUCUCCCAUGAGCUUCCUCUUCUUGCCAGUUCAUUCAUUUUUGAUAUAUCCAAGUGAAAGAAUGUCUUGCAGUUGUUUGCAGAUUGGGUUGGGAACCAGGAAGGAAGGAAAGAGACUGAAAGAAGGUGUGUAGAACCUGGCGUUUCUCACUUUCCACAGAUCUGGAGGGUCGGAUUUUCGGAGAAGCCAGACAGUACCAGUAAUGGCCAGUGGCAGUGUUGCCUGCUGUCGAGCUAGUUCUCAGUGAU